UUCUCCUGCCCCCUGUUAUUCCUUACAAAGGGAAAAUAUCUCGCGAGCAAGGUUGUGUUGUGAAAGGUUCGCAGACGCUGUUUUACGGUAAAUUAGUUUAAAAUGAAACGCGGAAGAACAUAAGACAAGUAGGACAGCUGUAGUUAUCGUUUCAGCACGAUAUUUUCCAGCAUACACGAUACUGAGACUCGUGCGAUUUGGAAUCGCUUUCCCUUUUCAGUGAUAUCCAUAAAUCAAGAGGGAAGAUCCAGCACGGAUGUAACACAUCGGAGCACCCGGGAUUUUCCACACAGCCGUGCUCAAGUAUGGGCUCACCUUCAAGGGAGCUGUUAGUGGAGUACGUGAGGGGCUGUGUUUCAUAAUGGGAUGAUGUUCAAUACUCAAUGUCAUACUGUUGGUGUUUUGAACUGACAUUCAGAUGUUGUCUUCUAGAACUGCAUGAAGAGCAUCUCCAUGAGGUGCAGAGGGAGUCAAAGUUGCACCCAUCUCAUACAAUCCCAAACAUCUAACAGACCUAAACUCAUGUAGCUCACAGACUGAAGUAUGAAAAUGGAUAAACUCACCAUUAUUUCAGGAUGUCUCUUUCUCGCAGCAGAUAUCUUCGCAAUUGCAAGUAUUGUAAAUCCAGACUGGAUCAAUACAGGCGGGCAAGAGGGAGCUCUGACUGUGGGUCUAGUCAAGCAAUGCCAGACCAUCCAUGGUCGAAACAGGGUAUGUAUCUCCCCAAGCCUUCCUCCAGAAUGGAUCACUACCCUGUUCUUCAUCAUCUUAGGCAUCAUCUCACUCUCUAUCACAUGUGGCCUGCUUGCGAUCUCACAGUGGUGGGGAGAGGCUACAAAAUAUGCCCGCUGGAUUGCCUUCAUGGGAAUGGUCCUCUUCUGCAUGGCCGCCCUCAUAUUUCCAAUCGGAUUUUACAUCAGUCAAGUCGGAGGACAACCUUACAAAUUACCCAAUAAUACGGUUGUUGGGUCCUCAUAUGUACUGUUUGUUUUGUCAAUAUUUUUUACAAUAGUUGGACUUCUUUUUGCAGGUAAAGUCUGUCUGCCUGGCUGACAAAUCCUGUUUUUUUAUGCUACAUAUUUGAUUUUUUUCAGCACCAGUGUUGGUUCAACUCAUGGAAAAGUAAUAGGGCCACUUUCACACUGACACAACAGGGCCUUGUUGCAGUCAGGGGAUGUUUUAUCAGAACGAUACUGUGGUUAUUAAAAAAUGUACAGGUACAGUCAGUCAUAAAGGCUAAAAAAAUCUUUGUCUCAACCUGAAAGGUUUUAUUUUUGAAUAAUGACUGGCGGACUGUACAAUAUCCUGAUUAUGACAAGGCUACUCACCAAAUAAAUAAAUAAAUAUAUGGACAUAUAACAUUGAGUUGAAAUUAUUU